CAAAAAACCAAAUCCAUCACCUCCUUUGAUUUCGUUUUCGCCACCCUUCCAUUACUAAAACCUCCCCGGCAGGCCACCACCUAUCUCCGGCGCCGGCGUUAAGUAGUGAAGAAAACAUCGAUCCACGACAAUGACGUCGAUCACUCCCUUUCUUUCUCUCGCAGUCCCCACCAGGAAGCAGCUCUCAAUCUGUUCGAAACAAGUGACGCCGUGUUGUUGUUCGAGAAUUGGUUCGAUUCUGUGCGGGAGGAAGGGUGGUGUCGACGUCGGCAGAAAAGGUAAUGGACGAAGGUUGUUGGUAUUCGCCUGUUCGACGACGCCGUACAUACGAGGAAUUGGAUCUCAAAGGGUCUCGAUUGGGAAUAAGACAGAUGGUGGGGCAAGCAAAGGUGAUUUGUCUCAGGCUUUGUCGGCGAUGCUUCCUUUCGUCGUCGCUGCUACUGCUGUUGCUUCUCUUGUUCAACCCUCCACUUUCACUUGGGUAUCUAAGGAAUUAUAUGCUCCUGCUCUUGGUGGGAUUAUGUUGUCAAUUGGAAUUAAGCUUUCCUUGGAUGAUUUUGCACUUGCAGUCAAAAGACCAUUACCACUAUCUGUUGGACUUAUCGUACAGUAUAUGCUCAAACCGGGUCUCGGGGUUCUAAUUGCAAAGGCUUUCGGCAUGUCUCCAAUGUUUUAUGCCGGUUUUAUACUCACAUCGUGUGUUGCAGGGGCUCAGUUGUCUAGCUAUGCUAGCUUUUUAAGCAAAGGAGAUGUUGCAGUGAGUAUUCUUCUCACUAGCUUUACUACCAUUGCAUCGGUGCUCCUCACACCCCUUUUAACUGGCCUCCUCAUUGGAUCCGUUGUUCCAGUUGAUGCAGUAAUGAUGUCGAAGUCAAUUUUACAGGUGGUUCUUGUUCCGGUCGCACUUGGGCUUGUGCUUAAUACGUAUGCAAAACCGAUAGUUACUAUCCUCCGACCUGUGAUGCCUUUUGUUGCUAUGAUCUGCACAUCCUUGUGCAUCGGUAGUCCUCUUGCACUGAAUCAGAGUCAAAUUCUAUCAAAAGAUGGCCUCCAAUUGGUUCUUCCGGUUUUGGCGUUUCACGCUGUGGCAUUCGCUAUCGGAUAUUGGAUCUUGAAGAUUCCUGCUUUCAGGCAAAGAGAAGAAGUUUGCCGAACAGUAUCGUUAUGCGGUGGAAUGCAAAGCUCGACAAUGGCAGGGCUUCUGGCAAUCCAGUUCCUAGGAGGUUGCAGUCAAGCAGUUCCAGCGGCAUGCUCUGUCAUAGCAAUGGCUAUUAUGGGUCUUUCACUUGCCUCUUUCUGGGGCAGUGGUUACCGUCUUAGAGACUUACCGUCUUUACUUUCCCCACAAACCGGCCCUGCUGUUCAGGAGGCUCAAUGAAUCGAAGACCCGAAACAUGUUCCUGGAACUCAGAACUGAAUCAAAGCUAAAGUUCCGGCACAAGACGGUCUGAAAUAGGAAAAGGAAUGUUGUACAGUUCAUAGAAGGUAAAAGAACAACUGUUCCUAGAACAUAUAACAGCUAGAAAAGCAGUACCUAUAACUUGAAAGUUUCUAAUCUUUGUAUGUAUGCAUGUAUAGGUAAGGUAUAUAAAUCACAAAAUGUAGUUUCUCA